GGUUCCACGGUUCCAAGACCUGGCUGCCCCUCUUCCAGUCCAGCUCUCUGCUGUGGCCUGGGAGGGCAGUGGAGGAUGGCCCAAGUGCUUGGGCCCCGCACACACAUGGGAGACCCGGAAGAAGCUCCUGGCUUCAGAUUGGCGCAGCAGGUGGAGGAUUACUGUGCCAUGGUGCCGGCCCCCUAAGUGUCCUUUUAAAAGCCUGAACUGUGAAGUAUUUUUUGAAAUGGUUUAAUGAUAGAGCUAAUCAAAACUAUGACUAAGAUAUUUUCAGUUCUGGAUUCCAUUUUGAAAUGCAGUUAAUUUGCUGAGUGACUUUGAACCUACAAUUUUAUUUCACUGAAGCCAGUGUGGGAAUCUUGAAACAGUGCUUACCUGUGAUUCAGCUUUGACCAUCCUGUUGUCUUUUUUGUUUCUUUUAUUUUUUUAGAAGAUUUCUUCUUUGUUGUAAAGGCCGAGUUAGGGAGAGAUCCUCCAUCUGCUGGCUCACUCCCCACGUGGCCGCAGCAGCCAGGGCCGGGUCAGGCUGAGCCAGGACCCCAGAACUCAUUCGGGUCUCCCACUUGGAUGGCAGGGCCCCAUACAGUUGGGGAAUCUUCCGCUGCUUUCCCAGACAGGUUAGCAGGGAGCUGGAUUGGAAGUGGAGCAGCCGGGGCUUGAACCGGUGUUCCUGCUGGAUGCUGGUUCUCCACGUGGUGGCUUGACGCGUUGUACCGCAACACCGGCCUGCCGUCCUGCUUUCUAAAGUGGGGUCCAGUGAAUAUAAACCUGGUAUUUCAAGAGCUGUUUGUCAGAGAGAACCAUGAGCUGAGGAUUGCGGGCGGGGCCGUGCGGGAUUUGCUGGCUGGAGUGAAGCCGCAGGACGUGGACUUUGCCACCACCGCCACCCCCGCGCAGAUGAAGCAGAUGUUCCAGGCGGCCGGGGUCCGCAUGAUCAACAACAAGGGGGAGAAGCACGGCACGGUCACGGCCAGGGUGAGCGGCCCGGCACGCUGCGCGGCGCUGGAUGCUGCUGUCUCCAGAAGAUUCGUUUGUUUGACAGGCAGGCUGCAUGAAGAGAACUUCGAGAUCACCACACUGCGCAUUGACGUUACCACUGAUGGCCGGCACGCCGAGGUGGAGUUCACCACCGACUGGCAGAAGGAUGCUGAGCGCCGGGACCUCACCAUCAACUCCAUGUUCCUGGGUUUUGAUGGCACCUUAUUUGAUUACUUUAAUGGUUAUGAAGACUUAAAAAAUAAGAAAGUUAGAUUUGUUGGACAGGCCAAACAGAGAAUACAAGAAGAUUAUCUUCGGAUUCUAAGAUAUUUCAGGUUUUACGGCAGAGUCGUGGAGAAACCCGGGGAGCAUGAUCCCGAGACCUUGGAAGCAAUCGCAGAGAACGCACACGGCCUGGCCGGAAUAUCUGGGGAGAGGAUUUGGGUGGAGCUGAAGAAGAUUCUGACCGGAAGGCACGUGCAUCACCUGGUUCACCUCAUCUACGAUCUCCACGUGGCCCCGCACAUCGGUUUACCUGCCAAUGCGAGUUUAGAAGAAUUUAACAAAGUCACUAAGAACGUUGAAGGCUUUUCACCGAAGCCAAUGACAGUCUUGGCCUCGUUAUUCAAAGCACAAGAUGAUGUCACCAAACUGGAUUUGAGGUUGAAGAUUUCAAAGGAAGAGAAGAACCUUGGCUUGUUUAUAGUUAAAAACAGGAAGGACUUAGUUAGAGCAGCCGACAGCUCCGAGUCACUGCGGCCGUACCAGGACUUCGUCAUAGACUGCAGGGAGCCGGAUGCUGCUGCGCGCGUCUGUGAGCUGCUCAAGUACCAGGGCGAGCACGGGCUGCUGGAGCAGAUGCGGGGCUGGUCCGUGCCCCCCUUCCCCGUGAGCGGCCAUGACCUCAGGAAGGAGGGCGUCUCCUCGGGAAGAGAGAUCGGGGCGCUCCUGCAGCAGCUGCGAGCCCAGUGGAAGAAGAGCGGCUACCAGAUGGACAAGGAGGAGCUGCUCAGCUCCAUCAGGAAGACGGAAGGCUGAGGGCGCCCGCCGCCGGAAGGGGCCUGAAGGGACACACCUUGUGCUUGGCACCUGGCUUACCCUGGCUGUCUACAGCAACACGGAGCCAUCUCUUCCUGCCCAGCACAGCAGAGCCCACCGGACGACGGCCCCGAGCUACGUAGGUAGGGUCUCGUGUGUGCCUGGAGUGCAUCUGUCUGUCCCAAGUGUGCUGACGUAACCGUACGCUCUAGGGGAGACAGCAGAUCUGAUUGCGAACACCACCCCUACCGCCUCUGUUUACAAGCAAAGGAUCACCCUGUCUGGGCUCAGCUCAUCCUCAGUGUCUGGGAUUGUGGGCAACAGAGCGGAUCGAGUUAAACCCCAGAACUUCUGAGGCGACAUGUCUUUCUUGGUGGCUGUGAAUUUCCAUCCGAUGUGGCUCGCACAGAUCUUGCAUUGAGCAACCGUCCAGGCGUACCUGCAAAGUUAAGAGCGGUCAGCCACGCACACACGUCUCUGAUCCCAAGCCUACUACAUGCAUCAGCCGAGCUGCAGAGGAUUUAGGAGCUCUGCAUUCUCUGAGCCCAAAGGUUUUCUCAUCUGUAUUGCAAUCUGUUAUGUGUAAUUUCGUUUUCCCACAAACCUCUUAAGCUGUACUUAACUUCCUGCCACUUCUAUUAGGAGCCACCUUGUUAAGAGGGCUUUCCUCCUGGAUUGCGGUCUUGGCACGUGAGGUCACUGACCUUGCCAGUCCUCCCCUAGCUGCACAGCCCUCAUGGUGGUAUUCACAGGAGAACUUGAGGUUUAAGCCCUACAUGCAUAGUCACAAGUGCCUCCCUCCCACCAUCUACGGCUGAGAGGACAGACUGGGUCCCCAGGUCGCAAGGUCAUCAGCUGCACUCCUCCUUCUCCCUGACUUCAGGAGCGUGGCUAGUGUCCAGCUGUCUGUGCUGUGUCCUACACUGUCUUUAAUUAUAACUGUAGCAGUUCUGCUUAGCACUCUGGGAUUUAAAGCAGUAAGGUGUUACCCAGGAAACCAGCUGUGCUCUGUAGAAGGCCGGCCAAUCAGGUUCAGGUUGCAAGCCUUGUACACGGUGAGAGUCUCGUGCACGUAGCCGUGGGGGUUCACGUAGGCGGCCAUCGGCCCGCACAAGGAUAAACUGAAAAAACCCACAGGAAACCAGAAUGAAUGACAGCGGAGCCGGAAGCCUGGACUGUCCACUGUCAGCAGCUCUCCUCUGAUAUGCGGGGCUGUUAGACUUCCAGUGGAACCAGGGGCUCUGCAGAGCUAAGCCCUGCUCAAACCACAGUGCCAGCAGGAAGGAUGGGAGUGGGGGGUCACUUCCUGUGCACAGGCCCCUCCAUCACCCACCAGGAAGAGGACCGUGCCCAACACUGAAUACUCAGGAUGUGGGAAAUACAUCCAGAAAUCACUGAAAAUAAAAGUCUUUACCUGAA